AUGUUACUUAGCUUGUUUGGUUAUUUAUUGUUAACUAUAACGUCCAAACGGCAAACAAAUCGUAUUCGUAUUAAAUUAUACAAAUUUCUCUUAACAAGAGAUAUCUAUUAUUAUGAUACGCACAAAGCAGGUGAAAUGAGUUCAAAGUUAUCAACAAAUAUCGAUAAAAUUCACGAUGGUAUAGGCUUCAAAUUAUAUUCUCUUAUGGCACUGUUUUUCUCUUGUAUUAAUACCACUAUAUUAGCUUUUAUUAUAAAUUGGAAAUUAACAUUAAUUAUGCUAGUGCUGUUACCGUCCUUUAUAUUAACGGCAUUAAUGACAAUGAAGGAAUUACAACCAUAUUCAAAAUCUGCCGCAAUAGCACAAGAAAUAUUUAGUUCAAUCCGAACAGUUUUUGCUUAUAAUAGUUCAGAAUACGAACAGUUACGCUAUAAUAAAUAUUUGGAUUCAUGCAAACAUGAAAAUAGAAAAAAAGGUAUUGUAUUUGGAUGCUAUAUGGCUAUUAUAAUGAACUUUUUACUCAUCGGCAGUUUAUCUCAAAAUAUUCAUUCUUUGUCAGAAGUAUGUGGAGCAGCUACUGAAAUUUGGCAGACUCUUGACGAAGAGGUAUGA